GCAGUCUCAAUCUCAAAACAGGCUGUGCAGCUGAACUGGGGCUUUUGUAGGGCUUAGAUUCUCCAUAUCUUUCACUAUGAGUUGCGGUGUUAAGGGUGGUGGCGGUGGAGGCAGCGGUGGCGGAAGCUGCAAAAUCAUCGGUGGUGGAGGUAGUGGCGGCAGCAGUGGCGGCGGUAGAAGUAUCAAAAUCACAAGCUCAUCCUCCAGGUCUUCCAGAGGGUUUUCUGGUGGUAGUUAUGGCGGAGGAGGAUCCAGAAGUGGCUAUGGAGGAGGAGGUUUCAGCAGUGGUAGCUGUGGAAGGAUAAGCAGAGGGAGAAUAAGCUAUGCCGGCAGCAGCUACGGCGGUGGCUAUGGUGGUGGCUAUGGUGGUGGUUAUGGUGGUGGAAGCUAUGGUGGCGGAAGUUAUGGUGGUGGAAGUUAUGGUGGUGGAAGCUAUGGCGGUGGAAGCUAUGGUGGUGGAAGCUAUGGCGGCAUGGGCUAUGGCGGUGGAGGCUAUGGCGGAGGCAGCUACCCAUUCAGCAGUGGCAGCUUCGGUAUUGGCGGUGGUGAGGGAGGCCUCUUCAACACCAACGAAAAGUCCACCAUGCAACACCUUAAUGACCGCCUGGCUAAUUACAUAGAUCAGGUGAAACGCCUGGAGGAUGAAAAUGAUCAGCUCGAGGUCUUGAUCAGAGAGUGGUACCAGAAGCAUGGAACCGUAGCUGGACCAAGGGACUACAGCCAAUAUUACCAGCAAAUUGACCAGCUCUACAAUGAGGUAUGCUAUUUUGUUUUGAACAAGUACUACAAGGCUUUAGGGAUGCGGGUGGCACUCUGGUCUAAACCACUGAGCCUCUUGGGAUUGCCGGAAGGUUGGUGGUUCAACUCCCUGCAAUGGAGUGAGUUCCUGUUGCUUUGUCUAAACUCUUGCCAACCUAGCAGUUCGAAAGCACUCCAGUGCAAGUAGAUAAACAGGUACCGCUGUUGCGGGAAUGUUGUUUCUGUGCGCUCUGGUUUCCAUUAUGGUGUUCUGUUGUGCCAGAAGCAGUCUAGUCAUGCUGGCCACAUGACCCAGAAAACUGUCCGGGGACAAAUGCCGGCUCUCUUGGCCUGAAAGUGAGAUAAGCAUCACAACCCUCAUUGAUGUAACCGUCCAGGGGUCCUUUACCUUUUUACCUACAAGGCCUUGGAUUUCUUUCUAAAAGAUGCUUCAUCCUUCACCAAAAUGAGAGUUACUGGCUAGGUAUAACUUAAACCCCUUGUAAAUGACAUGGUCACGCUUACUGCCUGGGAUGAGGCACCUGCUGUUCUAAAAAGCCAUGUGCAUCAUGGGCAGCCAACAUGGUGUUCUCAAUAUGCAUCCAAUCAUCCCUGGCUAUUGGCCGUGCUGGCUGGGGAUGAAGGGAGUUGGAGUUCUACCAUACCUGUAAGGUACCAUGCUGGCCACCCCAUACUAUAACCUUUGCUAAUUCAAGCAAGCUUGAGUAUUCACCGAUUACUCUCAGCAACAAUGCAUACCCAGUCUAUACUCACUGCCCCUCUCAUCAUUACAAAUGAAUGCACAGCAAACAUAUCAAGGUCUGCCCAGAAACUACGUCCCCACCUGCAGUAGACCUUCAAAGAAGUAUCAUACCACUUCAACAGCCAUGGCUCCCCACGAAGAACCAAAGUUUGCAAGGGCAUUGAGGGUUGUUAAGGGGCCCCCCAUUCUCCUCAGAGAACUACAGUUCCCAGAGUGGUUUAACAGCCAAUAUUUCAUCCCAAGGAACUCUGGGAAAUUGAGCCUUGUGAGGGGAAUAAGAGUCUCCUAACAAUUUCCAAAUCCCUUUACGUACUACAGUUUGAAGAGGUAUAAUAUUGCUUUGAAUGCAGAGUGCAGACUGGGCCCAGUUCUAGUAGACAAGCCAAUCUAAGUCAGUUCUAGGUAGAUGAGACGCUGGGCCUUGAGAUAUUGCCUUCCAGAGACCUUUGAGACCUCUGAUCUAUAGAACAUGUUGCUUGGUUGUGGUGUCUCACUGUUGCAUGGAGUUUAUAAAAUGGGCUUUGAGAUUAUAAUUAAUAUCGCUUUUAUUAAUUAUUGCUGUUGUGAAUGUUGCGACUUGACUUGCAAACCAGUCUGUGCUUUCUUAUGAAGAGCAGUAUGCUAAUGAUACAACACAACACAACACAACACAACCAGCAUGGUGUUUUAUUACAUUGUCAUCUCCGACAGACUGAAGGAAUUAAGCAUAAACAUGUACAUUCCCCUCUUUUUCCAGCUUAUUGGUGAAACAGAUGAUUACAACAAAAUCCUUCUGAAUAUUGAUAACACCAGGAUGACUGCUGAAGAUUUUAAAAUGAAGUGAGUAUAACUCUUCUCACCUACUUUCCUCAGACGUAGCUGAAAUCUAUAUCCCUUUUUUUCUUCAAAGAAACUUAAAGUGCCUAAUGAUAGUGCAAAUGGGAAAUGGAACCUGUGACAAAAUGAUUACAGGUCACAGAACGCCUUUUCUUCUAUUCCAAGACCCCAGGUUUUCCAAUCCCUUCUCCAAUAUUUGAACAGCAUUCCAUGGCCAAUGAGCGUUCUCUGUCCCACCCCAGAGGGCUUUCUCUUUGAAAAAAGCUUGACAGUACCUCAGUGGAUGUAUUAACCUGGAUUUCCAUGUGCCCAGAGCAGAUUUCAAUCCAUCCUACAAAAUCAUCAAAACAUAAAUCUAACCAAACAGGUGGAGUUCAGACCCAGGUAGCAACAUCGGAAGCUGCUGUUUACCUUUGGCCAUCUUUUACAAUGCAACCUGUUUCGAUUGGCAGCAGCUGUCCAGCAUCUCAGGCAUUGGACUUGAGAUCUUCUUCUGCAUAGGAAUAAAAAAUCAUGGUUAAUCCAUAGAGAUGCAAUUAACCCAGGCAUGUAAUUAUGAGACAUGUGAUAAGAAAAGUAACGUUUGUGAAGCCUGCCAGUCACUGUUCUCCACCCUACCUCCUUUCCUGUGCAUUAGGUACCAGACUGAAUUAGGUCUCCAUCAGAACGUGGAGGCUGAUAUCAAUGGGCUGCGCCCUCUCUUGGAUCAGCUGACUCUUGCCAAGUCUGACCUGGAGAUGCAGUUCGAGUCUCUGAGAGAGGAGCUGAUCUGCCUCAAGAAGAACCAUGAGGAGGUAAUACAGAGAUCAAAAAAACAACGAACAAAAAGUCAACCUUCUGAGCUUCCUGUGAGGGUUUUCCGGGGGGUAAAAGGUAGCAACCAACAAUUUAGUCUGGGGUGCAAAAUGUGAUGAAUGCAUUGUAGGGUACCAGAAAUGCUUGAUAUCUGUGUCCCUACAGAUAUUGUUGGACUCCAACUCUCGUCAGCCCCACCCACCACAGCCAGUGCUCAGAAAUGAUGAGAAUGGUAGUCCAGAAAUAUUUCUGGAAAGCCAGUGGUGCCCCACUCCCACUUUUCAGCUCUGAGGGAUAUUCAACUGACCAACCCUGCCUUAGCUUGAUUUAAGGAUCCCCAUGCAAGAAGGUUCCCUGCAGUUCCCUUCGUUGGCCAGUGCUGAGUGUUAGCAACUGAAUGUUGUGAACUGCCCUGAGAUCUAGGGAUGAAGGGAUACAGAUUUAAUAAACAAUAAUAGUAACUGGGUUGAAUCCCUUACUGACACCCCUCAAGUCCUAGCUUCAGGGACCUGCUGAUGCCUUGGCUGAAGGUGGCCCAAUUCUUUCCCCACCCCUCCUCUAUCUGAUGUUUCAUAGAGCCAUUCUCAAGACACAUUAGCAGAAUUUCAUGAUUAUUAUUAUUAUUUUAAAAAAGAAUUGUGGGGGAUUUGGGGGGGGAAGAGGCAGAUUUCAUUUCAUGAUGUGUUUUCCUUCCCCUUGCAGACCCUGAGAGGCCUGAGAAACCAGCGUGGUGGCGAUGUGAACGUUGAGGUGGACUCUGCCCCUGGUGCAGACCUGAAACAACGUCUUGAUCAGCUCAGGGCUGAAUAUGAAAGAAUCAUCGCAGACAACCGCAGAGAGGUGGAACAGUGGUACGAAUCCAAGGCAAGUGGUCUUUUCAGUGAUUAGAAGAUAGAUGACAGCAGAUGAACUAUAUCCACCAUACUGAGAGGAACCUGGGUGACAGGCUUAAUCUAAGGGGGGAAGGGGGUUGAUGCUAGUAGCUGGGGUGCGUUUAGUAGAUUGCUCCCCAACUGUCCACAGCUCUUGUCAUAGUUAAGAAGACCACUCUAGGGCCAAUGGAAGCGAUCUGAAGAGUGUACGAAAAAUGUGAGCUGAAAUAAGGGGAGCAGGUUUAAAAGGUAAUGAGAGUCCUGCAGGUUUAGAUGUUCCUUACAUCCCAUUUCCCACAGCGAGCAACUUCUGGGAAGCCUAUAAGCAAGAGAUGAAGGCCAAUGGGAAAGUUUGUUGCUACCAGAAACUGACUUUCCAUGGCAUACUGCCCCAUAUAGCUGUCAUGAAGGAUGCCCAGGGCUUGGUGUUUUCUAAGAGGUGGGGUAGAGAUGACCCAAAAGAGAAGGAAGAUAAAUUACUCAAGAGGGGUGAUGGAAAAAGCCUGACACACAAUUCCUACUGGUGAUAGUGCGCUUCGGUGUUGAUAGGACACAGAGGCAUGAGAAUCAGCCAUGUUCUAGAUACAGGGGUGGAAAGUAUAGUUGACAACACUGCCCAGUAUUAUGUGUAGACCUGUGUAGUACAAUCCUUGGCUUGUCCUCUCAUCUUACUGACAUUCCCAAGUUUGCUGUGUGCCUCCCAGUAAGAAGCAAAUGGUCCAGCCAGUCAGAAUAUCUUCCUUUUUGUCUACUAGAUGGAGGAGGUUCGCCAGCAGGUCAAUUCAAGUGGGCAGGAGAUAAAUACCGGCAACCAGCAAGUCUCAGAAUUGAGACGAGAAUAUCAGACCCUGGAGAUCGAGCUCCAAUCCCAACUCAGCAUGGUAUGUGGUAACAUGUGCAAAAGUGAUACGUCUGGGUGUUUUCUUUCUUAACAUCCGCUAAAAACAUGGUAUUGCAUCAAGGCAUAGUUGUUUCUUACCCUUACCCUCCCCACACCCUGCCCCAGCAGAGGAAUGAAAACGCAAGGUGUAAACAGGACGAAUGGACGGCAGCUUUAUUAACAUAAUGAGAUAUGCAAAAAGAGCAAACAUUUUAGCUGUAUAAGUUAACAGCCGUGCGGUUCCCUGCAAGCUAGGGAAAUAGUUCUCCCACAGUCGACCUGGCAUAGCCAAAUCAGGCAAUUCCACCCUGGCUCCAAGCAACAGGUGAAUCAGCUGGCUGGUCCGUGCUUGCCUUUGCCUGUUCAUCCACAGGGUGCCCUUAGAAGACACCUGGCUGCCCCAUGCUACCAUGGCUAGAUAUCACCAAGUUACGAUGAAGUUGCCCAACUCCAAUUAGAGCUCUCCUUACCAGUGAGCUGGGAUGGCUUGGUCAGACAAUUUCUUGGUUUGCACCUAGGGGUGGAAGGACCUGUCAGCAUUGGUUCUCCCUAUUUCUCUGCUUUUCAGUAAUUUUGUGCAGCAAUCUGUGCUUCAAAAAAUAUCCUCGUGAAAAUUCACCAGCAUUUCAAUUGCAAUUUCCCCCCAAUGAGCACAUUUUUGUAUAUACACAUUUUUGCAUUUACCCCAAAUAUAAUGUUUUUUUGUAUGUUAGUUUGAUGAAUAUCUUCAUUUUUAUGCACACUUGCCCCUAAUACAUGCAUUUUUUAAAAAACAACAACAGCACUAAUUGAGUACUGCAUUGCAAUAUGUGGAAAAGUGUGAAUUUUGAAGGAUACAUCUUGUUUCAGAAAGUGCAGAUUUGAUAGAUUUGCUUCUAAAUGAGACCUGGAUUGAAUUUCUCUCCCAUCUCUAUUUGCACCAUCAUUUGCUCUUCAUGACUGCUAAAGUGGGGCAAGGGUGGGAAUUGCCAGAACCUGAAAAAUGGGUAGGAGGGAGCACCAUUCCUGAAGGUCAUCUCACUGUUUUCCUUCCCUCUCAUCAGAUCCAGUCUCUGCAAAGCAACUUGGCCGACACAGAACGUCGGUACAACAUGCAGCUGCAACAGAUUCAGGUCAUGAUUGAACCAAUCGAAUCAGAGCUCGGCAGCAUCCGAUGCGAGAUCGAGAGCCAGAGUCAGGAGUACCAGCUGCUCCUUGGCAUCAAGACUCGCCUGGAACAGGAGAUCUGCCAGUACCGCCGGCUACUUGAGGAAGGACAGCAAGAAAUGUAUGUUGACUAUCGGCCAUUUAGGGGAUAUUAGUCCACUGCUGCGAAAACUCACCCACAAACAAUAAGGGAGGGAUGGAGGGACCAUCUACAAAGGAUGCUUCCAGGCUCUAGAGCACUCCAGAAUCACUGAAUCACUCCUUCAUUGCAAACAUCCCAGUACUGUAAAUAAAGGAACCAAGUAUCUCUGUGAACCCACUUGCAGCAAAAUAUUGCCAAGAAGGGACUCGGAGGCCUUCUAGAGCAGUGUUCUCCAAACUUGGGUCCCCUGCUGUUUUUGGACUACGAUUCCCAUCAUCCCUGACCACUGGUCCUGCUAGCUAGGGAUGAUGGGAGUUGUAGUCCAAAAAAGCGCUGGAGACCCAAGUUUGGGAAACUCUGUUCUAGAGCAUCCAGCGGCCACUGACUUCUUAGAAUAUCCUAGAACAGCGGUUCUCAACCUAUGGGUCCCCAGAUGUUGUUGGACUACAACUCCCAUCAUCCCUGACCACUAAUCAUGCUGGCUAGGAAUGAUGGGACUUGUAGUCCAAAAACAGCUGGGGACCCACAGGUUGAGAAACACUGUCCUAGAACAUUCUGUACCAAGGAGGGAAAUCAGGGGUGGAUAGGUGUGACGAGUUAAAAGUAUAAAACUGCCUUAUGGACAAUCGGACCACUAGCCUAUCUGUGGCCUCGCAGAUGUCAUUGGACUGCCUGCUCCCAUCCAUCUUUGACCAUUGGCCAUGUGGGUUGGAUGUAAUGGGAGCCAAAGAACACUUGGAGGGCCCCAUCCCGUAUCAAGCCCAAUCCUUUCUAUCCCGACUGGAUAGCCUCCAAGGCAAAGGCUUCUCCCAGACUAAAUGAGGGUAUUUGGCAUGAGCAUCGACAUUCCGUCUACAAGGCAUAGUCCACGUUAUAUAUAUUUUUUCUUUGUGAAGUGGUUUGCAAUGUUCUUCAUGGUUAUGUUUCUGUUUCCCAGUAGCUCAUCAGGAGGAGGAGGAUACGGAGGUGGCUAUGGAGGUGGUAGAAGGGGAAGCAUCGGCAGAAUUGGCGGAGGAGGCAUUGGCGGCGGAAGCAUUGGCGGCGGCGGCGGUUCCGGUAUUGGAGGAGGAAGCAUCGGUGGAGGAGGCAUGGGCGGAGGUAGCAGCGGCGGUACCUGUAUCGGUGGAGGAAGUAUUGGCGGUGGAAGUAUUGGCGGCGGAAGUAUCGGUGGUGGCGGCGGUUCCUGUAUCGGCGGAGGAAGCGGCGGUGGCGGUGGACAAAUGGGAGGAGGUGGUCAGAGCUACCCCAUGCCUGUACAGCCCUGCAAACCAGGUAAAAACCUUCACAAGGGGGAUUUGGGUUCUCUGUGCCUUCCCUUUCCUUCCUAGUUGCAUCAGGCAGUUGGAAUAUUUAACCAGUAAGGGCUGCUCCAAAUGCCAUAAGGUCCAUUUAGCUUUAUAAGAAAAAAAAUGUGCCAAGCUUGGGGAGUGUUGCACAUGCAAGCAUUAAGCGGUCACAAAGCAGCACUUUGCCCGCCGGACGUGCAGCAAAUGCGAGGCAGAGGCAAUGAUCACGCAUCAGAAUCUGUGGGCAGUUUGCCCGCUAUCUUUCUAGACAAUGUGCCUUAUCCUUGUGUUAGGGUAGGCUGUAGGAGAUGAUGGAAACCACACUGGGAUUUAAUCUAGAGCUGUGUAGCCAUUUCUCAUGAGGGAACGUUCAAUUACCCUACAAUUAGACCUUGCAUGCUCCAUUUCUCAGUUUGCUCCAAACUGGAUUAGAAGAGGGAAUAAUUGUCCAGAAGACAUCAGGGGAAGGGGCGGCAAAAUAAUUCUCUAUAUUCGUCUCACAGGUCACUUUCACAUCAUCCAUCUCAAGCAUGAUUAUACCACUUUCUAAUGAUCAAGGCUUCUCCCAAACAAUCCCAGGAACUUUGAUCUGUUAUAAGUUGUUAGGACACCCUUAAAAAACUACAGUUCCCAGGAUUCUUUGGGGGAAGCCAUGGCUGUUAAGCUUGGCAUAAGAGUGCUUUAAAUGGAUGGUGUGGAUGUGACCGCAGGCAUUUUCAUUCUAUUAGAAGAAAAGGCCAAAUCUGUGCAGACCGUGCUGCAUUUAGGAAGUAAGAAAGCAAGUUUCACAUGCCGGUGUUGAACGUAACUUAUACCUCAUUCUUUGUCAUUUAUGCAUUCCUGUGCCCCUAAGGACUCACCUUUUCCCUUUUCUCUCUCAACAGUACACGGCAGGAAAUCCUAUGACUAACCAUUUGUCUCUUGUCAUCGCUCCAACUUCAAACCCACCAACUGGUUCCGCUGAUAUAGGAAGUGCACACCUGCCCCUGUGCCCCUUUCUGCUUGCUUGUUCCGUUCUUCAGAGUUCUUCCUUGCAGGAUGUGUCUUGCUUUAGCUUGUUAGUGGCCAAUACGUGACUUCUGUCAUUGAUGAGGGUUGUCUAAUAAAGCUCCAUUGCUGCUUGAUGCAAUCAG